UGUGAUUUGGUGGAUUUUUCUACUCAUAGCAUAGCUUGUCACGUCGUUCAAGCACUGUUGAUCCUUUCCAAAAAGCACAGUUAUAAACAGCACGCUGCUAUUAUACAGAAGCUACUGCGGAUCGGGACGACUGAAGCAGUGGACGCCGAGCACAUUCGCACAACUUUUAUUUUUCACCACCUCGGAAGUCGAACUAUGGAAACCGUUUUUUCUACAGUUAGUCACACCACUUAUAGAUCUUUGUAUCUGAAUGUCUUCCGCAAUCAUCUUCUGGAAUAUUCCUUGCAUCCUGUAGGAAAUUACGUGGUUCAGCAUUUUAUGAGGAAUCUUGAAGAUUCUGUGCUCAAAGAGCAAGUUGUUGGUGAACUGGUAAAUACUAUUGAAGAUAUUUUGGCCGUUGGACACUUUGGAGUUGUGGAUGCCUUGACUGCUGUUACUAUCGGGCUGAGCGAGAUUUACCAGAAGAAAGUAGUUAAUUCUCUGUUGAAGGCUUUUCAUUUGCAGGAGUCCUCCAAAUUUAAAUACACUGUGCCGUGUGUCCUCCGACUGUUGACUUUUGAAAUGUACUCUUCUGAGGAUGGCUCUACGGAGACCACUACUUACUUCGGGGCUUCCAUUCUUAUGAAUGCUUUUAAACUCCAGCAAAAUGCAGUUGAGCCAUUGAUUCAAAGUCUGCUGACGAUGGAACCCGACGAGAUUCUGGCUCUCUGCAAAGAUCCGCACGGCUCGUUUGUGAUGGAAGCCUUUCUGACCUCCCGGAUCGAUCUGCCGAGGAAAAAAAAGAUUUAUAAGCGUGUGAAAAACCAGCUCGCUCGGUUGGCCAUGGAUAAGUAUGGCAGUCGAGUAUUGGAGGCCAUUUGGGCCAGCGCCGACAUCGCUUUCAAGGAGUUUAUAGCAGACUCGCUGCUUGGCGAAGAGCAGCAGAUUUCUUCCAACAUGUACGGAAAAAUUGUGAUGAAGAAAUGCAAUAUUGAUUUUUAUAAGCGGAAAAAAACGGCGUGGCUGGAAAAGCAGGAGGCCAACCAGAAAAAGCAGGAACUGUUUAAGGACAUCUUGGAAGAGACUCCUGAUUCUUCUGACAGCAAACUUGUACAGAAUAAAAGAAAAAGAGCGGAGACCCCUUUGGCCGACGAGAUAGACAAAUUGUUUACUUCCAAAAGAAAGACUAGGAAUUCUGCCGUAUCCCAGAGAUCAACUUCGCAGAAUCCUAAAAUCAAGGAGGAAGACUUGGCACUGCGGGAAGAGCUCUCCAGCGUUGAUCCGUUUGCGCUUGAUAUGAAACUGACCAUUAAGAAUAUAAAGAAAAAGAACAAAAAGCUGAAGAGGGAGAAGCCCUCGAAAAAGUUUAUUAUGUCCUGAUCAUAACGAA